AUGCCCAAGCACCUACUGGUCAAAGGCGCAGUGUACCUAGCGGCACUGGCCUGGAUGAGCAGCGCAGGUAUACCGGGACUUCACAAAUGGGUGAUCCAAAACUUCCCCAGUUGCGUGAAGAUAGUGGAGAAGAACAGCCUUCUGGACGUGACUCACUUGAGGAGGAACUUCACACAUAGAAGGGAACAUAAAAAAGGAGGCAAUGAUUGGAAGAAGAAACCAACGAAGAUCGGUCACGUGGAUAACCUCCUAUUUGAUAUGAACCAACUGCUACACAAAGCCAACGUCCAAUUUGUUAACGACGAUCAGUAUUUUUGCAAGCUCUCCUAUUUAAUAAGAAACGUAUUGAAAAAAUUCCCCCCGCAGAAAAAUAUAGUGUUCGCAAUAGAUGGCAUUUGUCCUUUUUCGAAACUGAAGCUGCAAAUUAAAAGACGAGCGAAAGGAAAGAAGGUGCAUGAUGGAGACAACUCAAACGAUAUAACAUGUGGCAGUCCCUUUAUUCAAAAGGUAUCAACAUUUCUCCGAAAUUUUGUGACGUUUUUAGUAUCGCUUCCAAAGUAUGAGCAUAUAAAAGUGUUCAUAUCCACUGAUAAGGAGGUGGGGGAGGGAGAACUGAAAUUGAUGAAUUGGAUUCAGAACUACGUAGGGGGGAACCGUUCGCGACAUGAGGGGGGUAGGAGUUGUGUGGGUGGUCGAAGCGCGGCGGACGAAUCGUUCGUCAUCGUGGGGGCAGAUGCGGAUCUUCUCCUUCAGUGCUUAGCUUUGAAGGACGUGCGGAAUGUGUGCGUGUACACGUAUCAGACGUUCCUCGUAGAUGUGGGGGCGUGGGAAAGGAAGAAGAAGGAGGACCACCUCGCGGGGUUGGGCCUCCCAAAUGGGGAAGUCCACCCAAAUGGGGAAGCCCACCAUACUGGGGAAGCCCACCACACUGGGACCUCCUCUCCAAAGUGGAAGAAGAAAAAAAUAAAAGUCCUGUACAACCUGAACACAUUUACGAACCUCUUUUGGAUGAAGUACCCGAGGGCCAUCGACCAAAUCAGACGAGACAUGCUCAUCCUGUUUAUCCUAAAAGGGAACGACUAUUUGCCGAAAAUCAGGGAAGGAAAUUUCUCCACCUUUUUUGAGGCCUAUUUUAACAUGCUAGACACCGAAAUGAAGUUAGAAGAAACUGAGGGGAGUCCCUACGGAGGACUUCUAACAGAGGAGUAUACUAUGAAUGGGCCCCAAUUUGUACGAUAUUUAAACCACGUGCAUAAGCUGGUGAGCCUGCCAAGGUACUAUCUGCAGAGAUUCAAAGAUCGUGCAAAUGAGGAUGAUAAAAUUGGGGGAACAGAAACAGAUGAAGAAGGAAGGGGUGUAUUCAAAGAGCACAUGUCGUACCUCCCACUCUCUCUUCUAAACGAACUGAUCAGCAAAAGGAAAAUAAAUAAAAAAGAUUUGCACAUUGAUGUGCAGAAGGAGGAGGGCUCCGAUUUGUUCAGAUGUACCAUGACACAGUGCUACAUGGACGGAAGGACUUCCACGUAUUUUGGUUCCUCCAGGAGGAAGAAGAUUGCCAUGCACCUCGCCUCGCAUGAUUAUUUGGAAAGCGAAUUCCCCGCAUGCAUGCGCUUUGUUGAUUCAGGGCUGCUCAGGAAGAUCGUCCAAGGGGGGGAGCAAAGAAGCGGCACCCCGGAUGGCAAUUUGAAAGAAGAAAGAGAGUCACCACCUGAAAGGAAAAAUGGAGCAAUACGUAAGGAAGACCAACGUGGGGAUGAGGCGUUUGGAAAAGAACAGUUGGUGAACCCCCCCGUGGAGGAAGAACAUCGCAAAACGGAACUCCGGUUGAAAACCUUUUACGAGCAAAAUUGUGGAGGGGAAAAAAAUUACCAGGAGGAAAUGAACAGCUGCGAGAACUACCUCCAGGGGGUCCACUGGCUAGUCCAAAUGUACACACAAACGUGUUGCCUCAAUUUUAACUUUUUCUACAAGUACGCAGCGAGUCCCUCUCUGCUCAGCUUGUACUACUUCCUAUCCGGGGCGGGCACCCAGGUUGAGAAGCGGACCCAGGUUGAGAAGCAGACCGAGGGUGAGAAGCGGGCCGAGGGUGAGAAGCGGACCGAGGGUGAGAGGCGGACCAAGGCGGAGAAGCUGACCAAGGCGGAGAAGCUGACCGAGGGUGAGAACCUCCCCGACAUGGAACAAACGGCCAAUCGCGAGAACGGAGAGACGAACAUCCUGCAAAACAUUAACCUGAACGUGUUCAGAAAUAACCAGGAGUAUCACAGCUUCAUAAAUUUCUGCGUGGGGAGGUACGGGCGAGGGGUUGCGAAGGAGGAAGAACGAGAAAAAGAAGAACCCCCCCGUCAAGCUCCACAAAAAUAUUACUUUGAAAAUAUAUACGACAUUCUUUUCUGCAAAAAUGCAAAUAUAGUGAUGAGUCGGAUCCAAAAAUUGAACCAACAGUUAAAGGGAAAUCUACACAGACAGAAACAAAUUGUGAAGUAUUACUGGGAUGUGUAUGCAAGUAGGAUGAAAAAAUGCUGUAAAGUGAUUUUCUACAAAGGGAAGAAAAUAUAUGUUGGUAAGUUUGCUCUCUUCCGGAUUUCGUUCCAGAAUGAGGACUCUCGCAAUGGGGCAAGUGCAGAUGGGGGAGAAACACUUUCUCGUGGGUUCAACAUUUCCAGUCGUAUGGGGUUGGCUCCCAAACAGAUGUUUUUAAAAAUUGCAUAA